AUUUUGUAUUUAGGUUUAAUAAAUUUAAUUCUUUUAUAUUUAGUUUAAUGACUUACUAUUUAAUUAUUUUUUAACAGCAAUGGAAGAUCUUGAAGGAAGUUCAAGGGGUCGUAAUUUUUCUUCUGACGAGGAUGCAUCUUUGUGCCGAGCUUAUAUAGCGAUUAGUGAAGAUCCACUUAUUGGAAAAAAUCAAUCAAUGACUACAAUGUGGAAGCGAAUACAAGAAAAAUUUCACGAGUUGGUUCCUGAUGGAGGUGAAAAGAGAACAGCAAAAAGUCUGAAAUCCCACUGGACGAAAAUCAAUCAAAGUUGUACAAGAUUUGCUGAAUAUGUUGCUCAAAUAACUUUGAGGCCAAGAAGCGGAGCAAAUGCCAUUGACAAUUUGGAUGAUGCAAGACUACUAUACCUUAGUAGUGAGCGCAAAAAUUUUAACUUGGAUCAUUGCUGGACAAUUUUACAAGAUGGCAAAAAAUGGAGGGCUAUCAUCGGAGUUCAAUUCUCCCAAAGUGCAAAUAUCACUUCAAGUCCGAACAUAUUUUCUAGUCCGAGUGAAUAUGGAGGAGAUUCGGUGCCGGAGACCCAAAAUUUACCUGAAUCAUCAAACACCAACGUUAGGCCGAUGGGGCACAAAAAAGCUAAAAAACAAAAAGAUAAGGGCACUGUAAAUGAUACCACGAGACAAGCUGAUUCAAUGGCAAAAGUAAUGAGGGAUUACCAAGAAAAAUUUGAGAUUAAAACAGAUUUCAAAAUUAUGAUGACGAGCAGGUCCUCAGUUGAAACUCCGGAGAGGAAAGCAUGGUUGAUUGAACAACAAAAUGCCAUUAUUGCAAAAAGGUCAUCUCGUUCACUGAAUUUUGACGAUGAUGUCUAUCACCCCGAAAUGCCUCCAUCUGAUUAAGUAUCUUGAUGUUAUUUUAAUGGUUUAAUUUUCUAAUUAUCGUUGAUUAUCUUAAAUAUCGUUAUUUUAAUUGUUAAUUUGAAUUUUUAGUAAUGUCUAAUAAGUUAUUAAUAUUAAUGUUAAUUUUUUUUAUAUAAUUUCAAAUAUUGAGUUUAUAGACAAUCAAUUAAAACGAGAAUUAAUAUGGUUGACCCAAAUAUCCCUUAAAAUACAAGGAACAAAACAAAAAAAACAAGAUAAUGAAUAACCAUCUUACAACAUGAUUACAACGAUAAAAA